UUUGAAUGAAAUUCCUGCCAGCUCUAAGGGAGAGAGAGAGAGAGGGAAAGAGUAGAAAGUUUAACUCCUCCCAUUGGAGUGUCUCACGCCCCUGCCCAGCCCUUGAAACCCAAUAACCAAGAUCAUUCAACAAUGCCUUCCCUUCCCUGGCUGCAUCCUCACCACACUCCGACCUGCAGCAGCCGCCCUGCCCGCUGCGCGCGAGGCUGCGGGGCCGCUGCCCGGCACCCAGCACAGCCGGCGGCGCCACACACAGUCCCCGCGGCCGUGGCCAGGGCGAGGAUGGACAAGAUCUUCUUCUGGGGCGUCCUCCUGGCCUCCUGUGCCCGCUGCCAGGCGCUGCCCGCCGAGCCAGGUGCUGCACCCGCCUGCCCGCCCCAGUGCCACUGCGAAGAGGAUGGCAUCAUGCUCUCGGUGGAUUGCUCCGAGCUGGGGCUUUCGGAGGUGCCUGCCAACCUGAGCCCGCUCACAGCUUACCUAGAUCUGAGCAUGAACAACAUCAGCCGGCUGCAGCCCCGCACUUUCCGCCACCUUCGCUUCCUGGAGGAGCUGCGCCUCUCUGGAAACCAGAUCUCCAGGAUCCCAGGGGAAGCUUUCUCUGGUCUCUACAGCCUGAAGAUUCUGAUGUUGCAGAACAAUCAGCUGAGUCGCAUCCCUGCAGAGGCACUGAGAGAUCUUCCAAACCUCCAAUCUCUACGCCUGGACGCAAACCUUAUCUCCGUGGUGCCCGAGAAGAGCUUUGAGGGGCUGCUCUCCUUGCGCCACCUGUGGCUGGACGACAACGCGCUGACCGAGAUCCCUGUGCGAGCUCUGAACCACCUGCCAGCGCUGCAGGCCAUGACCCUGGCGCUCAACCAGAUCUGGCACAUCCCCGAUUACGCCUUCCAGAACCUCAGCAGCCUCGUGGUGCUGCACCUGCACAACAACCGGAUCCAAAGCCUGGGAGCCAACGGCUUUGAUGGGCUGCACAGCCUGGAAACCCUGGAUCUGAACUACAACGAGCUGCUGGAAUUCCCUGGGGCUAUCAGGACGCUGGGCCGACUGCAGGAGCUGGGUUUUCAUAACAACAACAUCAAAGCUAUUCCAGAGAACGCAUUUGUUGGGAAUCCCCUCCUCCAAACAAUCCACUUUUAUGACAAUCCCAUCCAGUUUGUUGGACAGUCUGCUUUCCAGUACCUGCCAAAGCUCCACACUCUGUCACUCAAUGGUGCAGCGGAUAUCAGAGAAUUCCCAGACCUUAAAGGCACUACCAGCCUAGAAGUUUUGACCUUGACCCGGGCAGGCAUUCAUUUACUCCCCAGAGGAAUGUGCCAGCAGCUGCCCAGCCUCCGAGUCCUAGAACUGUCACACAAUCAAAUCGAAGAUCUGCCCAGUUUCCACCGGUGUCAGCGACUGGAAGAGCUUGGUCUCCAGCACAACAGGAUCCACGAAAUCAGAGCAGACACCUUUGUACAGCUGAUGGCUCUGCGCUCCAUAGUCCUCGAGGUACCUUACGCCUACCAGUGCUGUGCCUAUGGAAGCUGCAGCAGCUUCUUCAAGGUGUCCAACCAAUGGGAGGCAGAAGACAUGAGCCCUGAAGAGGAGGAUCCCCACAAAAGGACCAUGGAAUUGUUUCCAGGUCAUACUGAUAAUCACUAUGACCUAGAUGCAGAUGACCUCCAGCUGGACCUUGAGGAAUCAAAGCUGCACCCCACUAUUCAGUGCACGCCAAGUCCCGGUCCCUUCAAGCCUUGCGAUCACUUGUUUGAGAGCUGGAUCAUCCGCCUGGGAGUCUGGGUCAUCGUUCUGGUCUCGGUACUCUGCAACGGGCUGGUCAUCCUGGCUGUGUUUGCCUCUCCCAGCUACCUCUCUCCAGUUAAGUUCAUCAUCGGCUCCAUCGCUGGUGCCAACAUGCUGACCGGCAUUUAUUGCAGCAUGCUGGCCCUCGUCGACGCCUUGACCUACGGCCACUUCGCCAAAUACGGGGCCAGAUGGGAGACGGGCGCAGGCUGCAGAGUGACGGGGUUCCUGUCGGUGUUCGCCUCCGAGGCUGCCAUCUUCCUGCUGACACUGGCUGCCGUGCAGUGCAGCGUCUCGGUCUCCUGCGUGCGGGGCUAUGGGAAGUCGCCCUCCUUAGGCAAGGUCAAGGCUGCUGCCUUUUGCUGCCUGUUGCUGUCAUCCAUGGCUGCCGUUCUGCCUCUCUUCUCCGUCGGGGAAUAUGGAGCAUCCCCUCUCUGCCUCCCAUAUCCCACUCCAGAUGGGAAACCGGCCACCCUGGGCUUCACGGUGGCCUUGGUGAUGACAAACAUGCUCUGCUUCCUGACUAUCACAGGCACCUACAUCCGGCUCUACUGCAACCUGCUGAAGGGGGAGUUCAGCGCUGUCUGGGACUGCGCCAUGGUCAAGCAUGUGGCCUGGCUGAUCUUCACCAACUGCCUCCUCUACUGCCCAGUGGCCUUCCUUGCCUUCUCCUCCACACUCAACCUCUUCCUCAUCACCCCAGAGGUCAUCAAAUCCGUGCUCCUUGUGGUCCUGCCCCUGCCCGCCUGUCUGAACCCCUUGCUCUACCUGUUCUUCAACCCCCACUUCAGAGAUGACCUGCGCCUGCUGAGGCAGAAGGGCCAGGACAAGAGGAGCUACCCCCAGUCCUGCGGGGCUGAUGACAUGGAAAAAAGCUCCUAUGACUCCACUCAGGCUCUGGUGAGCUUCUCCGACAUCAACCACAUGUUUGAGACACCCGAUUCCCUGGGAGUGCACCCCAUCCUUGACAGCUACAACUUCCCCUCCAUGACGCUCGUCCCCUGCCAGCAAAGGGUGAGCACCAUGGGGAAGGAGAGGGUCUUCUCUGAGCAUUGUCCCUGCCUCAGUGACAGUGAGGUGCUGAUCCCUUCAGAGAGCCGAGAUCUGGCCAGCAGCAGCCUCCGGAUAACCUUCUUCCCCUCCCCGCCCACACCACCCUACACGUCUCACUUAUAAACCUCCUCUGAGCAGCCGUGCCGACAGCCCCGCACCACACACUGAGGACCAGCCCCAGUGCUGGGUGGCCAGCAAGGUGACAGCAGGCUGCUCCAUGUAAAGCACCGGUACAACCCGUCUACCUUCACCCCCAUCACAUCUGCCUGGGCACCAGGCACUGCUCCGCCAGCUGCCGCUCUCCUGGAAGGGCUCUGACUGAGCUCCAGACACUCCGGGCUGGCCGUGGGAGGAGAUAAACCCCCUGUGAGUGUUCCUCCUGCUAGGGACUGCCUGGGAGAGAACCCACCAGCCCAGGAGAUGGGUCAGGGAGACCCUCCUCCUCGUCAUCCUGCAGCAUCACAAGCCAGGAGGAGCCUGCAGCAAAGCCAAGCAUGUCUUCUCAAGGCAGAGACAUCUUAGCAAACGAAAGUCUUUGUGGCAGAAACACGUCGAAAUGGCCAACUGCAAUGAUGUGGCCACCCAUGGGGACCUCAGGCCUUAUCCUCCAGGGUUCUCUGCAGGUCCCACAGACCCCUGGAAAUAGGCUUGUGUCGGUCCCACGCCAUCGACCGGAAGAGCAGAAGUGGGUUAAAAGCAGUGUAUUCACAUUGCACUCUGUUUUGGGAGGCUCCGCUUCACCCGCUGGGAGCCUGGUGGGCUGGGUAGGACCCCCACCUCCAGCCAACACCAGGAGCUGGGGACACCCGGCCCAUCUGUCAGUCUGACCCACAGUGUCUAACAAGGGGUCUCUGAACACCAAGGCAGCCAAAUCCAAACACCUCCCCAGAUAAACCUGUGUGCUCUGCCUGAGGUCGCUGGGCAGCACCUGGCCAAGGCACCCCAGGGGACAUUGUGGUGCCGCCACCCCCGCAGCUGCAGAUGUUGGUUCUUAGGUACAUAAGUCCCCCACAGAACACCCAUUUUGAGGACUGUGUUUGCCCUCCCCUAUUCUAAGGGCAGCUCGUGUAGAAGGAGGGAACAGAAACCCGUUUGUGGGAUGAUGGCACCAGGAGGACACAGGCUGCCGGGAAGAGUCUCAAAUUCGCUCCCUGCAGCUCAGGGGUCUCCCAUAUCCAUCCCCUCCAUCACAAACCCUCCCACUGCCGCCCAGCGCAGCAGGGAGCCCCGUGGUCAGAGCUCAGGCCCUGGGCAAAGCUUUGGUUCUGCUGAUGUUACUGCAGCUGUAUGUCACUCAUUCUUGUGAGAUAAUAAAUGAGCGCCGUUGCUGACCA